AUUUCAUGCAUUUUUUUGAGAAUAGUUAAUGUUUCUUUAUAGUCAGAUCUACCUAGUUUUUACCUGCUAAUAACUUCCUGGCCAUCAAGAGGUCCACGCCAGGGUUAUUUAAAUACCUGAAAGGAAAAAUUAAACCCGCUGUUGAAAUAGUAGUCUAGUGGGGGAUAUAUGGUUACUUCCCUCAGUAACACACACCUCUACACUUGAGUCAGGUGAAGUUGGUCUCUGUAGAAACUUCCGGAUGUGCUGAUAGUAAACACAGGCUGUGGAGGCAGGCAGUGAGGGAGGACCAGGAGAUGCACUCAAAAUCCUGAAAUGCCGUGUUCGGAAGAGCUGACCCUGGAGCCGGAGACCGCAGAGUGUCCAGAGAAUGCUGACCACCCUUGCUGCCCCUGGGACACCUGCAGGAUAACCUGCACCCACUAGAAUGCCUGGAUGGUUCAAAAAGGCGUGGUAUGGGCUGGCAUCUUUACUCAGCUUCUCCUCCUUUAUCCUGAUCAUUGUUGCCCUGGCAGCGCCCCACUGGCUGAGUGGGAAAAUCCUUUGUCAGACUGGAGUAGACCUGGUCAACGCCACCGACCCAGAGCUGGUCAAGUUCAUUGGGGAUAUUUACUACGGGCUUUUCCGAGGAUGUAAAGUGCGACAGUGCGGGCUCGGGGGCCGCCAGUCCCAAUUCACGAUCUUCCCACACCUGGUGAAGGAACUCAAUGCAGGCCUCCAUGUGACAAUUCUGCUGCUCCUCUUCUUGGCCUUGGCCCUGGCUCUGGUCAGCAUGGGCUUUGCCAUUCUCAACAUGAUCCAGGUUCCAUAUAGGGCAGUCAAUGGCCCCGGGGGCAUCUGCCUAUGGAACGUCCUCGCAGGUGGAGUCGUGGCAUUGGCCAUCACCAGCUUCAUGGCCGCGGUCGAGUUUCACGACCUCACCGAGCGCAUCGCCAACUUCCAGGAGAGGCUCUUCCGCUUCGUGGUGGUGGAGGAACGGUACGAAGAGUCCUUUUGGAUCUGUGUGGCCAGUGCCUCCGCCCACGCUGCGAACUUGGUAGUGGUGGCCAUCAGUCAAAUUCCGCUCCCGGAGAUUAAGACCAAAAUCGAAGAGGCCACGGUCACGGCUGAGGAUAUCCUGUAUUGAUCGUCCUCUGUGGCUCACACCCUUUCCUGAGUCAGUUCUGUGGUGUGAACCACCACCACAUUUUGCGCUCAGGCUUUGCAGUCCAGAGCGCCCCUGUUCUGGAGGGUAAGAAGGAGAAAGUGGAGAGAGGAAGGGCGGUGCCUGGACCAGAAAAAAAAAGCUUUCCCAUACUCCUGGCAUCUCUGCCCUUCCCUCUCACUGACCUUGGAGUUAGAGACUCUGCUACUUGCCAGCUGUGUGGACACUGGACAAUUCACUCAAUUCCUGCUUCUCACUUUCCUCAUCUGUAAAAUGGAGGUAAUAAGACCUCGCGAGGUUGUGAUGAGGUUUAAAUGGGCAAUAUGUUGCCAACCUUUGAAUCAAUAUAUAUAUCUGGGAUUAGAGUCUUCUACAGAUAUAAGGUAAUGAACACUCCAAUAAAUGUCUAUAGACCCCU